AUUCCGAGUAUUCCUAUUACAAUUUAAUCUUGAAGAAAGCAGGACAAUUUUUAUCCAAUUUGCAGAUCAAUCUAUUGAAGUUUGCACUUUCCAUACGGGCCUAUUCUCCAACUGUUCAGAUGUUUCAGCAGAUUGCAGCUGAUGAACCUCCACCAGAAGGCUGCAGUGUAUUUGUGGUUAUCCAUGAGAAGCACACUUGUAAGACUAAUGAAAUAAAAAAGCUGCUGAAGAAGGCUACUAAGAGACCCAGGCCAUAUCUUUUUAAGGGAGAUCAUAAAUUCCCAACUCUCAAAGAGGAUGCCCCAGUGGUUAUCCUUUAUGCAGAAAUGGGUACGAAAGACUUUGUCAAAUUCCACAAGAUUUUAUCUGAGAAGGCUCAAAAGGAGGAAAUUGUUUAUGUUCUCCGGCAUUAUGUUCAGAAACCAAGUUCCAGAAAAAUGUAUUUGUCGGGAUAUGGUGUAGAACUUGCAAUAAAGAACACAGAAUAUAAAGCAGUAGAUGACACACAGGUUAAAGGAGCGAAUGAGACAAAAGAAGAGGAAGAUGAUGAUGAGGAGGAGGAAAGUGAUGUCCAAGGAUUUCUCUUUGGCAAAUUAAAACAAAUGCACCCUGAUCUAAAGAAUAACCUGAAAGAGUUUAAAAAACAUCUAAUUGAAACUACUAACAACAUGGAACCGCUGAAGGUUUGGGAGCUACAGGAUCUUAGUUUUCAAGCAGCUGCUCGAAUUAUGUCUACCCCUGUUUAUGAUGCCUUAAAGGUAAUGAAAGACAUAGCUCAGAACUUCCCAAUAAGAGCCAGAUCACUGACCAGAGUGCCUGUAGACAAGAAAAUGCGAAAUGAAAUAGAAGAAAAUCAGAAGCAUUUUCAUGAAAUACUUGGAAUCCAACCAGGAGAAGCACGUUUAUUUCUAAAUGGCCUUCAUUUUGACCUAGAUUUUCAUGAUCCUUUUAGUAUCUUAGAGACUCUUAAACUGGAAGGAAAAGUGAUGCAUGGCCUUCACGAACUUGGAAUCAAAGAGGAGAUCCUGAGUAAAUUUAUGAGGUUGCAUAUCCAUCCUACAGAUGACAGUUAUGUGCUAGAUAUUCGUCACUCUUCAAUAACAUGGGUUAAUAAUAUAGAACAAGAUCACAGCUAUAGCACAUGGCCUGCAAGCUAUCAGGAACUACUAAAACCCACAUUUCCCGGAGUUAUACAGCAGAUUAGACGCAAUUUGUUUAAUUUGGUACUUUUUGUUGAUCCUGUCCAAGAAGAUACAGGUGAUUAUAUGAAACUGGCAGAAUUAUUCUAUCAUCAUAAUGUACCACUUAGAAUUGGAUUUGUUUUCAUUUUAAAUACAAAAGAAGAAAUUGAUGGAAAUGAAGAUGCUGGAAUAGCUCUUUGGAGAACUUUUAAUUAUAUUGCAGAGGAAUCUGACACCUCUCAAGCCUUUACCUCGAUAAUUAAUAUGUACCAUGAAGUGAAAGAUGGAAAUGUUCUAACAGUAAAUCAUGUGAAAGAUGUUCUUAGAAGGAAAUACCCACAAGCUGAUGUUCAGAGUAUACUGGAUGUUCAUUCUGAAUAUGAUGAAGGGAGGAAGGCAGGAGCAACCUUUUAUAAAAAGACUGGCCUGGGUCCAUUGCCUCAAGCUCUGUUUAAUGGCGUGCCCUUUAACAGAGAAGAGAUGGAUGCUGCAGAGUUAGAGACAGUUACUCUUCAGAGGAUUAUUGAUGCCACCGGGUUCUUCCAGAGGGCAGUGUUUAUGGGUUUGUUAAAUGAUCAUAUAAAUGCCAUGGAUUUUCUUAUGGAUCAGGAUAAUGUAGUUUCCCGUAUAAACCCCACUAUUCUUAGAGCAGAAAGAAGAUACAUACAUUUCAGAUCCACAUCUGUUCCAUUUGAUGUGGAAGACUUCUCUACUUUCUCCUUUUUGGAUUCACAAGAUAAAAGUGCUGUAAUUUCAGACAACAUGAAGUAUAUAACAAAAAAGAAUGAAGAUGCAUUAUAUGCUGUUACUAUCUGGAUUAUUGCUGAUUUCGAUAAGCCAGCUGGAAGACGACUGCUUUCUAAUGCCUUGAAACACCUGAAAACAAGCAGUCAUACACGAGUUGGGAUUUUGAACAAUCCGUCAUCAAAAAUAAAGGAAGAUAACACAGUCAUUGCAAGAGGAAUUUUGACUGCUUUUCUAACCCAAAACAACAACAACAACUUAAGGAGUUUCCUAAGUAAACUCAGUAAGGAAGAGACAGCAAAAUCCCUUGCUUCUGGGACUAAAAUUGCUAAAUUCCUCAUCCCAGGAAUGGAUGAUAAUACUUUUGAGAAGAAGUACAACACUUUAGGACUGGAUUUAAUUAAAACCCACCAGAUGUUCUGCCAGGAGGUUCUUAAGUUGCUUCCUGGGCAAAUUGCUGUUAUGAGCAAUGGCAGGGUACUGGGUCCUUUAGAUGAAAAUGGAUUCUACGCAGAAGACUUUAAUUUGUUGGAAAAAAUAACAUACAGUACCUCAGGAGAGAAGAUUAAAGCUAUUGUCAAAGAGAUGGGAAACAGUAGUAAAAAUGGCAGUGAUUUGAUUAUGAAAAUAGAUGCCCUACUAUCAUCUUUACCUAAAACAGAGAUGAGACAAGAUGCUAAAUUACUCAAAGAGCAGCACAGCGUAGUAAAAAUCAAUCCCCAACAGAAUGAACCAUUCUAUGAUGUUAUUGCUAUUGUGGAUCCAUUGACAAGAGAAGCACAGAAGAUGGCUCAUUUAUUGAUUGUACUCAAAGACAUUGUCAAUGUGAAACUCAGAUUGUUUUUGAACUGCAGAUCUAAGCUGUCAGAAGUGCCACUGAAGAGCUUCUAUCGUUUUGUUCUGGAACCAGAAUUAACUUAUGGGGUCAACAAGCACCUUCCUUCUGAACCUGUGGCAAAAUUCCUAGAAUUGCCAGAAUCAUCCCUUUUGACUCUAAACAUGAUCACUCCUGAAAGCUGGUUGGUUGAAGCAGUAAACAGUUCCUGUGAUCUCGAUAACAUUCAUUUACAGGAUAUAAAAGGGACCGUGAUAGCAGAAUAUGAACUGGAAUAUAUAUUGCUUGAAGGACAUUGCUUUGAUGUGACAACUGGACAACCUCCUCGAGGGUUACAGUUCACUCUGGGCACAAAGAAUAAUCCUGUCAUGGUUGAUACUAUUGUGAUGGCCAACCUGGGGUAUUUUCAGCUGAAAGCAAAUCCAGGUGCUUGGACACUGAGAUUGCGUAAAGGAAGAUCCGAAGAAAUUUAUCAGGUUAUUUCCCAUGAAGGAACAGAUUCUGUAGCUGACCUGACAGAUGUUACCGUGGUAUUAAACAACUUCAGAAGCAAAAUUAUCAAAGUUCAAGUACAGAAAAAGCCUGAUAAAAUGAAUGAAGAUCUCCUUACUGAUGGAACAACGGGAAAAAAAGGAAAUCGGGAAUCAGUUCCAAG